AAAUACGAAAAACAGAAAAACCAAUUCCAGCCACAGUAAGGAAAUAAACCAGCCCUAGCGUUCUCUCAGAGUCUCAGGCCAUCGUCCAAGCCCCAAGGCGCUCAUUCACUCUCUCUAUCUCCUUCUCGCCGCUCAGGAAUUUGACUCUGCUUAGCUUUAUUUUGGAUGGCAACAAGGCCGGAUAUAGACGAUGAUGAUGAUUUUAGUGAAAUUUAUAAGGAAUACACUGGUCCUCCAGGAUCUAUUUCCAAUAAUGCGCAAGAUAGGUUGAAAGCAAAUAAGAGGUCCAAUGCUGGCUCUGAUGAGGAAGAGGAACCUCGGGAUCCAAAUGCUGUGCCAACAGAUUUCACUAGCCGAGAAGCUAAGGUUUGGGAAGCUAAAUCAAAGGCUACGGAGAGAAACUGGAAGAAAAGGAAAGAAGAAGAAAUGAUUUGUAAAAUAUGUGGAGAAUCAGGCCACUUUACUCAGGUUAAAUGCUGUGCUUGCUAUCUACCAUACAUACAGGGAUGCCCAUCCACUCUUGGAGCAAAUCGCAAGUCUCAAGAUUUCUUUGAAAGGGUUCCUGCAAGAGAAAAGCAUGUAAAAGCACUAUUCACUGAGAAAGUGAUACAGAGGAUUGAAAAUGAUAUUGGCUGCAAAAUUAAAAUGGAGGAGAAAUUUAUAAUAGUUAGUGGCAAGGAUAGGUUAAUUUUAGCGAAAGGUGUUGAUGCUGUGCACAAGGUCAUUAAAGGGGAGGUCGAUCAGAAGGGUUCCUCUAGUUCCCAGCGGAGCAGAUCUAGGUCACCUGAGAGAAGUCCUGUUGGAUCACGAUUACGACGCUCUGAAUCUCAGAGGUCCUAUGCAGGUCACCCACGUGAUACUUCACAGUAUCAACAAAGGUUUGGUAGACAAGAUAAGAAUGUGGAAGACCGUGUUCGCGAGGAUCUGCAGAAGUUUUCUAGGGGUUCUCCACAAGCAAGAGCUUAUGGUAAUGAUGGCGGUAGAAGUCGUGCAAGCCAUUCUAAAUCUCCUGCACUUGCCCCUUAUGCUGGCAACUCAUAUGGUUCAUAUGAUGGUCACAAUCAUAGUUUGCGUGGUUAUAGAAGUGAUGGGUGGGAUACUGAGAGACAAGGACCUGAUUUGCAAUCUGGCCGCCAAUUUGAAAACUCAGCCUUCCCUCAGAUGUUAGAAGAGCUAGAGUUGGAAUAUAAGAGAGAGGCAAUGGAACUUGUUAGAAUUCGUGAUAAGGAAGAAGAUGAAGAGAAUUAUAAGCAUCGUGAGACCAUCAGGGAGAUGAGAGAGAAUUACAUGAAGAAACUGGCUAUGCUGAGGGGCACACAUACACGACAGUGGGAGGAAUUCCUCCAACUUGACGCACAGAGGCGUCAACAGCAGGCACGGCAGCAAAUGCCCACAUCAGGUUUUAGUGGUUAUAAGCAGCACACUUUUUCUGACUAUGAUGGCUCCUCCACCAAUCCUCACUAUACUGGGGCCGGUUUACCAAUGGAUUCAAGGGCCAGAUACCCAAAUCAUGUGGAAAGUUAUUCUGCAAGGCCUCAUGACAGUUAUGGUGAGUUCCAGCGUCAGAGGCGGGAGGAUUUUGGGAAAGCUUAUAAUCGAUACUAAGGUUCGUGUAUGGGAAAUGUUGGUGAGUUGUCCAACCCUUUAGUCAAGUAAAGAGAAAGACUAUUAGUGUCUUUUCAUUUGGUUUAUUCCUCCAAAUUCUGAUUGUCCUCUCCCAGUCUUGGUACAUCCAUGAUCUUUUUUCUGACAUUCAUUGUCAGUUUACCAUAUCUGAUAAAGAGAUAACUGUUUGUGGCUGUGGAUGGGAAAAAUCGUUCAAUUAAGCAGUUUCACUAACUUCAAUUCUUUGUGAUUGUGGACAUUGCACGGGAUGGCAAUCGCUAGGAUUCUUUUUUUGGGUGUUUGCAGAUUUUAUGAUGAUUAUUCUGCCAUAGCUUAAAGUUUUAUUGCAAACAUUUUCAGGGCCCAGAGCAUGGUCGGUUAUGAGUAAUGCAAAAGGGGAGGCUGAAAUCUAGGUGAGUAUGUUAGAUAUUAGUCAACCUUGAGAAGGGGAUGGUCUGAAACAUUUAUGAUGUCAGUAGAACUGAUUCCAUUUCAUUUAGUGGCUCAUUUCUGUUCAGAACUUCUUAGUUGUAUGGAAAUGGUUUAAUGUUAUUCAAUAGGUAUGGCACUAUUUGGAAGUUGCAACUCCUGAAUGGAUGCUGUUUGCAUCAA